AUGCAGUUAGGGGAGCAGCUCUUGGUGAGCUCUGUGAACCUGCCCGGCGCGCACUUCUACCCGCUGGAGGGGGCGCGAGGAGGCGGCGGCGGGAGCGCCGGCCACCUCCCGGGAGCGGCCCCCUCGCCGCAGAGGCUGGACUUAGACAAAGCGCCCAAGAAGUUCUCGGGCAGCCUCUCGUGCGAGGCGGCGAGCGGGGAACCUGCGGCCGCCGGCGCGGGGGCCCCCGCAACCAUGCUCAGUGACGCCGACGCCGGGGACGCCUUUGCCAGCGCCGCGGCCGUGGCCAAGCCGGGGCCCCCGGACGGCCGCAAGGGCUCCCCCUGCGGGGAGGAGGAGCUGCCCUCGGCCGCCGCGGCCGCUGCAGCCGCCGCCGCCGCGGCCAGUGCGCGCUACUCCAUGGACAGCCUGAGUUCGGAGCGCUACUACCUCCAGUCCCCCGGGUCUCAGGGCUCGGAGCUGGCGGCGCCCUGCUCGCUCUUCCCGUACCAGGCGGCGGCUGGGGCGCCCCACGGGUCUGUGUACCCGGCUCCCAACGGCGCGCGCUACCCCUACGGCUCCAUGCUGCCCCCCGGCGGCUUCCCCGCGGCCGUGUGCCCACCCGGGAGGGCGCAGUUCGGCACGGGAGCCGGCGCGAGCGGCGGCGCGGGCGGCGGCGGCGGUGGAGGCGGCCCGGGCGCCUAUCAGUACGGCCAGGGGGCUCCGCUCUACGGGCCGUACCCAGGGGCGGCAGCCGCAGGUACCUGCGGAGGACUAGGGGGUCUGGGGGUUCCCGGCUCCGGCUUCCGCGCCCACGUCUACCUGUGCAACCGGCCUCUGUGGCUCAAAUUCCACCGCCACCAAACCGAGAUGAUCAUUACGAAACAGGGCAGACGCAUGUUUCCUUUUUUGAGCUUCAACAUAAACGGACUCAAUCCCACCGCCCACUACAACGUGUUCGUAGAAGUGGUGCUGGCGGACCCCAACCACUGGCGCUUCCAGGGGGGCAAAUGGGUGACCUGCGGAAAAGCGGACAAUAACAUGCAGGGCAACAAAAUGUAUGUUCACCCCGAGUCUCCUAAUACUGGUUCCCACUGGAUGAGACAGGAGAUUUCCUUUGGGAAGUUAAAACUCACCAAUAACAAAGGCGCAAACAACAACAACACCCAGAUGAUAGUGUUACAGUCUUUACACAAGUACCAGCCGAGACUGCACAUUGUUGAAGUCACAGAGGAUGGCGUGGAGGACUUGAAUGAGCCCUCUAAGACACAGACCUUCACUUUCUCAGAAACGCAGUUCAUUGCUGUGACUGCCUAUCAAAACACCGAUAUAACUCAACUAAAGAUUGAUCACAAUCCCUUUGCAAAAGGCUUCAGGGACAACUAUGAUUCAUCCCAUCAGAUUGUCCCCGGAGGUCGGUACGGCGUUCAGUCCUUCUUCCCGGAGCCCUUUGUCAACACUUUACCUCAAGCCCGAUAUUACAAUGGUGAGAGAACCGUGCCACAGACCAACGGCCUCCUUUCACCCCAACAGAGCGAAGAGGUGGCCAACCCUCCCCAGCGGUGGCUUGUCACGCCUGUCCAGCAACCUGGGACCAACAAAAUAGACAUCGGUUCCUAUGAGUCUGAGUAUUCUUCCAGCACCUUGCUCCCAUAUGGCAUUAAGUCUUUGCCCCUCCAGACGUCCCAUGCCCUGGGGUACUACCCCGACCCUGCCUUCCCCGCGAUGGCAGGGUGGGGAGGCAGAGGCUCUUAUCAGAGGAAGAUGGCAGCUGGACUCCCAUGGACCUCCCGAACAAGCCCCCCGGGGUUCUCUGAAGAUCAGCUCUCCAAGGAGAAAGUCAAAGAAGAAAUUGGCUCUUCUUGGAUAGAGACACCCCCAUCCAUCAAGUCUCUCGACUCCAAUGAUUCGGGGGUAUACACCAGUGCUUGUAAGCGAAGGCGCCUGUCUCCUAGCACCUCUAGCAAUGAAAAUUCUCCCUCCAUAAAGUGUGAGGACAUUAACGCUGAAGAAUACAGUAAAGACACCUCAAAAGGCAUGGGGGGUUAUUAUGCUUUUUACACAACUCCCUAA